GCCUCUGCUGGGAGCAAAGCGCCAGCAGCAGAUAUCAAAUUCAGGAGAGGAACUUAAACAUUAUUUGAGCGCGAGCCUGUCGUGCUAAUUUGUGCCCCCCUGCAUUCACCCUACAGGGUUAAUCCAAGUACCCUCGUUGAAACAAAUUACUGGCUGACUUCUGCAAUGUUCCUUUUCUUUCUCUCCUCCUGUUGUUCUCCCAAAUAUGGACUUGUUCCUGAUUCAAAAACCUCACGGCGGGAGUUCUACCAGUCAUUUUCGUCAAUUAUGGAACUCAAUCGUGGAUUACACUGUGAUUGUUUGAAGAAGAACCUUAGAAACGGUUCCAGAGCUUGAACUUGGUCAGGUCACAUACCUGAGAUUCUUCUCUUAGCUCGGCUGUUUCUUGAAAGGAAUUCUUUCUGGAUUGAUAGCAUCAUUCAGGAUACUUUUCCUCUUUUGUGGAUUAUUUACAAAAUAUGAAAAUGUUUUCACUCAUAUCUAUGCACGUUAGCCCCACCAUGUUCGGGUCCCACGUCAAAUCCUCACGGUCACAUGAGUCCCUCAACUUGGGUCCGCAGUCAUCGUUAGAUGUCAUUGACCUCGCUGGCAAUGACCUGGUGGUCCGUCCUCUCCAUUCCAGCAUCCUUGGACAGGACCAUUGUUUUCAGAUCAAGACCUCACUAGGAAGCAAGUACUACUCCUGCCGCUCAUCAAGCGAGAGAGACAAAUGGAUAGAAAGUAUACUAAGUGCACAUUAUCCAGACAAAGAUGAGAGAAGGAGAACAGACUCAUCUCUCAACAUAUGGGUGGUGGAGGCAAAGAACAUCCCUCAAAAGAAAAAGUACUUCUGUGAGAUCUGUUUAGAUGACAGUCUCUAUGCCAGGACCACACCCAAACACCGUAAUGAUAUGGUCUUCUGGGGUGAACAGUUCACAUUCAAAUGCUUGCCAGCUGUUGAGGCCAUCAAUGUUCAUGUAUAUAAAGAGAUAGAGAAGAAAAAGAGAAGAGAUAAGAAUUAUAUAGGGUUAGUCUCGAUACCAGUCAACAUGGUUAAUAGUAAAACAACAGUAGAAAGUUGGUACCGUGUUUCCAGCCCUAUUAACUUCAGGGGAGAGAUCCCAGCAUUAAGGAUAAAAGCUCGCUACCAAAACAUCUCAAUUCUACCUAUAAGCCAGUACUCAGAAUUUGCACAGUACUUGAAAGAACACUCGGUCGCGCUAUGUCAGAGACUAGAACAGGAAAUCAGUGUCAAGACGAAGGAAGAGGUCGCGACCUCUCUCAUAAAGAUCCUUCAUUGCUUAGGAUCAGCCAAAGAAUUCCUGGUUGAGAUGGUCAUGAAAGAAACAGAAAGCAUCAAAGAUGAAAGUCUGGUCUUCCGGGCAAAUACCAUGGCAACAAAGUCUAUGGAGGCGUACAUGAAACUCAUCGGAGGAAAGUACCUACAAGACACCCUUGGUGACUUCGUCCAGUACCUAUACAUGACCAAUGAAGACUGUGAGGUUGACCCUACCAAGACGAUGACUGGUACAGUAGUACAGCAUCAAGAAUCCCUGAUGGUCAUGUGUGAGAUGGCUUGUUGUAAGAUACUCAACUCCUCAGCAGCCUUCCCAUCUGAUCUCAGGGCAAUCUUCAAUAAACUUAGAGAACGCUUUGCAGAACGCAUCAAUGGGGAUGAAGUCUGCUCAAAGCUCAUUAGUGGUUGUAUAUUCCUACGGUUUCUCUGUCCGGCCAUCAUGUCACCAAGUCUCUUUGAGCUGAUCCAAGAGUAUCCAAACGAGAAGACGUCAAGAUGUUUGACCCUCAUUGCAAAGACAGUUCAAGCUCUUGCCAACUUCACUAAGUUUGGAACAAAGGAGAACUACAUGAAAUUCAUGAAUGAGUUCCUUGAAAGAGAGUGGGGUAACAUGAAGGUCUUUCUACAGGAGAUAUCGAGUGCCACUGAUAAGAGCCAUGCAGUGAAGUUCAGCGGUUACAUUGACCUAGGAAGAGAGCUUGCUCUAACACAUUCAUUACUGAGUGAAGCAGUAGACAAGUUUGAUAAGCCAAGCAAGGAAAAGGUUAGUCCUUUACCCGGCAUCUUGACCAAGAUUUCUGAUCAAGUCAGCAAACCUGAUAAGUUUAUCCCCUACCAGUCAACUCAUGUGGAGAUUGACAACACGGUAAGCAGUGCGACAUCAGUUACCACUACCACCACCACGACAUCAUCUUCAACAUCAUCGACAGCGACGUCACAGGCCAAGAAGAAUCUUAGUAAGAUCUUUGAAGAUGCUGAACCAUCGACAGCAGGCGAUGUCGAGAUGCUGCCUCCGUACGAGGUUGCUAUGGAUAAGACGAUUACAAAGUCAUCAACCAUUAACAGCCUAGUAGACUUCAUCCAGCAAGAUAGUGACUCUACAACAUCGAUCUCUAAGCUGAACAGUAGAGCUAUGAAUGCAAAGAAUGGCAGACAUGCAAAGAUGGUGAGACAGUCAGAGAUUGAAGUGAACAGAGAGGAUUAUGAUAUUGGUGAAGAUCAAACACUAAUUGGCUCUCAGAUGGAACCUUUACAGAUUGUUGAAGAGGAAAGGACUCGAAUAGAAACAAAGGAAAAGAGCCAUGUCUAUACAGUGUGUAUAGAAACAGUAUGUAGUAAUACCAAUGUCGAUACGACCCUCAGUACUAGUGACUCAAGCAAACCAAAGAAUGAUGACAAUGGGCAGAAGCCUCGCACGCUGCCAUUGUCGUUUUCUAACCCUGCCUUUCAGUUGUCAUCGAGGGCGCUAAAGCAGAAAGAUGCCGGGACAGACAGCAUGAGUUCUGUCAACAGUACACCAAGCAACGGAGCAGAUUCAGACUUGUCCAACUUGGAUGGGGAUGUAUCGCACAGCUCUUCUAGCAGUGGUGCUUCCCCACCCCGUUUUAGACGCACAGAGUUCUCAAAGGGGAAGAGUUUUCAUGCAGACACUUCACGUAGUAAGCACCCAGCGUAUGUAAACAUAGAACCACACACACUCCCUAAAGUACAUGUAUCAUCCCGACCACCUGCAGACAUGGUUGGGGAUAUCUAUAAGCCAACAGAAAGUCGCUUGCCAGUCGAGAGCUAUAGCAGUAGUAGCUCAAUCCAUACAAAAAUGACUCUGCCUAUUGGUAGCAUUUGUACUGAAAUGGACAGUACGCAGCCGCAGUCACCAACUGAAGCUGUGAAAGCAUUAAAUGAUGCUCACAGAAAAGACUUCUUUAGAAAUCUUAUUACACCAACGGAUGAGAUUCCUGUAUUGUUGGAUCCAAACAGCAAUAAUCAAUCAACGCAGUGUUCGGAGGCAACUUUCCGAUUGAGCAGCAGCAAGAAGCACGAUUUACCACAGUUCUCUAUAAUUAUGCCAAAUCCUAAGACUGCUCUAUCUCAGGAUUACAAUAAUGCUACUUUCCCUUCAAGUAAUGUCAGACACCAUGUUGUACAGAACCAAGAGAAAGCAUUCUCUGAGGUCUUGCUACCCUCCGUAUCACGUCCUAGACAAGAUAAUACAGCACACAUACGCAUAACACCAUCGCAAAUACCCUCUAAGGAAGCAACCAUUACUCCUGUUACAGUAGGGGCUUUCCCAGUACUAGAUAUGCCCCAACAGACUCACAACCGGACUGCUAAUAACAGCACAGGACUAGCCCAACAGCAAAGUCCUCCAACAAGGAGGAAUAUUAUCACCCAGUUAGUAACCAAACAAAAACUGACUAAUGAAGCACUCACUUGCCCCGUCCCACUGGAGUUCUGUCCUGUUACAGAGCCGACAGUGCUCCAGACUAGGCCUAGCAGGGUAGGAUCAGUCCAGCAUCGGAUACAGCCUGUGCCUUCAGGAGCAUCCGUUAGCCAGGAUCCAAUCUGGACCAGACGCAGUGAGGACUCCCCAUCUCAUGGAGACAUCUCAACUGCAGAGGAAAAACAACAGUACGACAAUGAAAUUUCUAGCCUGAAGCUAGAACUGGAGCGGAUGGCAUCCCAGCUGGCUGAGACCAAGAAACAACUGGAAGAAGAGGAUAUCAAGGCAGAGGCUGCCCUCACAGAGAUGAGGUUAAAGGUUGAAGCUACAGAGACAGAGCUUCAAGUACAGCAGCAGGAGAAAGACCAGCAGAUCAGGGAUGUCAUAAGCAGGGUUGAAUUCCGAUCCUCCGUAUGUCAAGUUGUUGAUGAUGAAAAGACAGAGGGGGAAUUAUGGCUGAUGUGCGUGGAAGAAGAAUUGCGGGCGGAGCAAGAGGGGAUGAGGGGUGCAGUCAAAGCCAAACAAAAGAUCAUCGACGCCCAAGAGAUCCGCAUUCAAUCCUUAGACUUGGCUAAUCAGAGACUCAUGAGGGCGCUACAAGCCUUAAAACAACGUUGCCUAACAACUAGUCAACAUUAAAUGUCCUCUUUGCAGACAAAGAUUUGAAAUAUUAAGAUUAGAACUGAUCAGUAUUCGUACUAUGUACGUAUAUAUGAACAGGAUGGAAUCGACAUCUUCUUCAAUGAUAUGAAUUUCAUUCAACAAGGCAGUUUGAAACUUGUUAUGAAAUCAGAAGGAGCCGUAAUUAGAUUUCAGAAUCUAUUGGUUCCAGUGUGUUUAAAAGAGUUUGAAAUUUGCAAUAGUAUCAAUUACAUCAUCUUAACCCAUGACAUGAUUGAGACUAGAAAAUAUAAAUGAUUAAGUUGAUAUACAUUAUGUGAUAUUGGAGAACGUAUUGUUGGGUUGAUCACACAGAUAAAAUUAUUAAGAUCAUGGAUUUGAAAAGUACAUCUGUAUUGUCUGAUUGGUUAAAUAUGGAGAAUUCAAUGAAUUUUUUUUAAAUUAUAACCUAAAAUAAUUGCAAAUUCUAUAGCUAUCUACUAUCAUCAGUCAACUUCAAUUUUUGAAAACAGAAUAAUACAUUAUAUAUAAAAACAGUUAAAGUAGUUGAAGAAAUCAAUUCACACAAUGUCAUGAAUAUAUGUAGUGCAAAAAAUCUGUAACCUCUUAUAUGACUAUGUGAGAAUGUGUGUAUUUCAUUCUGUGGUAUUCUUCUUGUUUGGAGAGAUUAUGGAAAAUACAUACUCAUUGAUAUCUCUCACAUUUCGGUAUUAAUUCCUUAUAUUUUGGAUGCAAUUUUCAUAGCUUUUUAAGGUUGAUGAUCAUGUAAUACUCUAUACCAGGACAUGACAUGACAGAUUUGAGAAAUGUGAUUUUUGUUUCAACAUAAUUUGUGCUGUUUCAUAUUAUUGCACAAAUGGCAUGCAAAUGUGAUUUUUUGCAAAGAAUGGCAAAGAAUGCCAUCUUUCCUUUUAGUGUUGUGAUAGCUCGAAUAUGCACAAUCAAGUUUUGAAUAUUUUUUCUAGUUUGAAGAUGUGUGGUUAUAUUUCACUUAUUAUUAAGAGCAGAAUAGUAUUUCUUGAUAUUAUUCUUGCUCCGUUAAUUACAGUGUAAAAACUGUGGUGUUACAACCUACACCAGUCAGUGUCCCUAGACGACUACACCUGCAUCCAGUUGCAUAAAACUUUGGCCAUAAAAAAACUCUGGCACAAUAAACAAAAACUCUGGCAAACAAAAUACCAUUAAAAAUUACACAUUAAAAAAAUCUGGCAAAAAUUUUGCCAAAGUUUUUUUAUGGCAAAAUUUUUAUGCAACGGGUCCCUUGAGGUGUUGAAAUUACACCCUAGAGAUUGAACAUAACACUGAAGAGUGUAAUAGUAACAACUAAAGGUGUUGAAUUAACACAAGCAAUUUAACAGCAGAGUAAAAUGACUGAUGUGGUCGUCCAUGUACACCAAAUCAGCACCACGCAACCUCAUCGCAAAAAAUUAUAACUGUAUUUUGGAGAGAUUUAUUCUUGCUUCAUAUACCUACUGUUAAUCAACCCAUCGGAUACAGAGACCUCAUUAUGUGGAAACUGGACUCUAUUGAAAAUGCAUGUUAGAGCAUAAGCAGUCAGCCCCAAUGAUUUAGCAUGUCAUCAAACUUAGCAUAUGGUGUUUCACUCGUACAUGUACAUUAUCUCACAAUUACUUACAUGAGGAAUAUGUACAUUUGAUCUACAUCAGCAGGGAUACAUCUUUUGAAUGUGCACUAUAACUUGGGAAUGAGAUUUCCUUUAAACUUGUUCAUCACCUGACUUGCAACUGUAUCCUAAUCAUUACCCAUAAUGCACUUUGAUUUACAUUCCACUCAUCAACAAAUCCACCUCGGGGAAAACUCAUAUGACUGUUGUGAUGAUAGUAUUGGCAUCUUGAAUAUUACCUUCGUAAAAAUAAGAUCUUAGCUUUGAAAAACAAAACAUGCAUUGCUUUUAGAGUGUAAUUUACCAUCAUUGAUGUGAGAUAAAUCAACAUUUUCAUAUUCUUUGUUGAGAGUAAGGUGCAGUGUAUUUCAUGCUCCUCGUUAGUCAACCUCAAACUUUACAGGGUUGUUUUUAUAUAAUAUAGAGUUGCUUGCACAUAAAAGCGUUUAAAUUAAAAGUUGUAAUCAUAUGUACAUUUAUUUAAAUAUCAAAAUACAAUUGAAAGUUAACUACUGUUUAAAAUUCAAAAAGAUAGUUGUGUCAAAUGUGAGUUACUUGCCAAGAUUAUGGCUUUAAUAGAAUGAGGGGACUGUUUCUUGAAAGUUGUCAGCUCUGACUACAUUUAUAAACCUGACAAUCUCAGUUAAAUUGAUUGGCUCAGGAGCACUGGCCAUUUGCUGUUACCAUGGUAACAGAUAAUGGCUUAUUGUCAGUGCGGACAACUUUCAUAAAACCCUGCAUUAAUUCAACUAUGAAAGAGAUUUGAUGUCACUAUAAGCAGUUGCUGAUUGUUCACAAUUCUAUUCCGUUUAGAAUAAUUUAUACUUCAAAUUCAGGAAACCAUUGUCCCAUAAAGGUGAUUUAUUAGUCCAAAGUGAAACAAAAUUAUACUAAUCAAUGAUUUAUAUUUGGAAUCUGAUUAUUUAAAUUAUACUGUCAACCACUAGUCAAAUUCCUUGUGUAAUGUCAGAAUGAUGUCAUGUUAACUUUAAUGGCUAUCAUUCAACAAAUAUGAAUUAUUGGUAUUUUAUUAUUACGAUGGAUAUAGUUUAGUUGCUUGGAACUUAACAGAACUAUAGACCCUCUAUACCCUUCCCCCGACCCCCUCCCUUUCCCUGUCUCAAUAUUUAUUUUCCAAGCAUUUAGGUGCUAAGAAGUAAUGGAUUAUUUAUCAAUGUAAAUGUAGAUUCUGAUAUUUGAAAACUCAAAUAUUGCUGUUGAAUAGCUCUUUAUCAUAUAACUUUUCUUAUACUAUAUGAUAAUAGUUGUGUUUUUGUAGGUUUCAUAGCUUAGCUUGCCAAGGAAGAGAUUGAGAGGGAUGGAGAGCAACAAUAUCAAGCUGACUUGUUUGGAGAAAAAAAACGAGACAGUCUUGCAUUAGUGUUGAUAUAUUUAUUAUUCGAUCAUAUUUAUAAUGAAUACAUAAGUCAGACUUGCUAGUGUACAUUGAGAUAUUUUGCCCAUUUUGUUUUGUUCAUUUGUGUAUCCAACCAUGAGAUUUGAAUCAUAUUUAAACUAUGAAAAUAUAAUUUAUAAAAACUUUUGUGUAAUUGCAUUUGUAUCUUGAUUGAAAACUUAUAAAUAAAACAAAAAGUAUCUUGAA